CAAUACACUAGCAUCUCUCAAUCAUAAUUAUUCCCCCUUUUUUUCUUUUUAAACUAUUUUAUAUUUCCCCAAACACAACCUUGUAUAUUUUAUCUCCCAUUUCCCAUGUUUUCUAUUGAAAAAGUGCACACUUCUACACUAGUUGUACAACUACUAUUUGUUUGGCCUCCUUUAUCAAAUCAACUAUUCAAUCAUAUAUCUCCCUCUCUCAUCCACACACACACACACACAAAUCCACUUGUCCUCUCACUCUGUACAAAAACAAUGGCACCCAAAAGUCUACUACUCCCCAAUAUAUUGAAGCCAUUUAUCAUUGUUUUUGUUGUGGCAUUCAAUGCAGGCUGCAAAAUUAAUGCUGCAGCAGAAAGUCCCAAGGCCAAGAAGGAAUAUGAGAAUGAUAGAGUAAUAAAAUUGCCUGGCCAACCAAAUGUUAAUGUGUCACAAUUCUCAGGGUACAUCACAGUUAAUGAAGGCCAUGAGAGGGCCCUUUUCUAUUGGUUCUUUGAGGCUCAAUCUCAACCAACCAACAAGCCUCUUCUCCUUUGGCUCAAUGGAGGGCCUGGUUGCUCAUCAAUUGGAUAUGGGGCAGCAGUGGAGUUAGGCCCUCUUAGAGUUGAAGCCAAUUUGCUGUUUUUGGAGUCUCCAAUUGGAGUUGGGUUCUCAUAUACCAAUACCUCUGACGAUUUCUAUGAUUUAAAUGAUUCAUUUAUAGCUGAGGAUGCCUACAACUUUUUGGUUAAAUGGCUGGAGAGAUUCCCACAAUUCAAGAGUCAUGACUUUUACAUCUCAGGGGAGAGUUAUGCAGGUCAUUACGUGCCUCAGCUGGCCGAACUUGUGUACGACAGGAACAAGAUGACGACCGUAUAUCCAUAUAUUAACCUCAAAGGAUUUAUAGUAGGGAACCCUGAGACGAACGAUUAUUUCGAUUCUAAAGGAAUAGUUGAGUAUGCAUGGAGCCAUUCGGUUAUAUCAGACGAGGAGUUUGAUAAUAUUAAACGAGCAUGCGAUUUCAGGUUCGAAAACUGGUCUCGAGAAUGUAAUAAAGCCGUAAAUGCAGUCUGGAAGCAGUACACGGAGAUUGACAUCUAUAACAUUUAUGCUCCUUCAUGCCUUACUAACAACAAUACAUCAUCAUCUUACACACAAAAUAACAUGUUGAGAAGGUUCAAUCAAUUAAUCCCUGGAGGUUAUGAUCCAUGCUAUUCAAAAUACACGGAAGCGUAUUUCAACAGGAUUGAAGUUCAACGUGCAUUGCAUGUAAAAUCGAGAGGGCUUAGUGAUACUGUAGAAUGGAAAGUAUGCAAUGAUACUCUGUUUAGACGAUACAACUACACUGUCUUUUCCAUCUUGCCCGUAUAUGAAAAACUCGUCAAAACAGGCCUAAAAAUUUGGAUUUACAGUGGGGAUGCAGAUGGUAGAGUUCCCGUUAUAGGCUCGAGAUAUUGCGUUGAAGCUCUUAAAUUACCUCUCAAGACUCCAUGGACCACUUGGUUUUAUGAUCACCAGGUAGCAGGAAGAAUGGUAGAGUAUGAAGGGGUGACGUUAGUGACGGUGAGAGGCGCGGGUCAUUUGGUGCCUCUGAAUAAGCCUAAAGAGUCUCUUGCUUUAAUCCGUUCUUAUUUGUCCGGACAAAAUCUUCCAACCCAAAACUAUUAAUAAUCAACCUCACAAAUUUAUAUUAGCUUGCUCUCUCUCUAUAUAAGGAAAAAAAAUAAAAAUAAAAAUA